AAACGAUGGUAACAGCUAUAAACCUCUGGUGACUUUGAUACAAGCAUUUACAUCUGAAAGGGGAGUUCCACCAAAGUUUCUACAUAAAAAAGAGAGCAGAGGUUGCAAUGUCUAUAACACAGAUAAAUCCAUUUUAUUCAUUAUCUAAAAUGACCAGCGAACCUACAGGUGUCUUCUGAAUGUUUAUAUAAUGCUGAUAAAACAGCCUGAAUGUACAUCUCUGAAUGAAUACGUUUAAAAAUGUUCACGACCAAAAGCUUAUCUCAAAACUAUUGAAACUAACAAGCAUCAAGAAAUGUAUUUUUGUGUAAUAACUUUUAGAGGCAUUACAUUUUUCAGACCUCUGGUUCCUAUCACCACUGCCAUGAACAAUUUUGACAUCAAACCACUCUGGAAUGACUUUCUUUACAUUGUAAUGAUGUAACCAUCCAGAAAUGUUGAAAAUUGGGUGCUAUUUCCCUUUACCAUACUGUUUCCUGAUAUAACAAUAUAGCUCCUCCAUUGAUGUUUUCAUCUCUUCUCAGUAAUUAUGGACAAUGCAGAUAAUAAACAUGCAAAAUGAAAGGAAACAAAAAGUGGAGAAUCUGUAGCAUUUUGCUUUUAUAAACUUCUGAUAGUGUAGAUGACUUUUUAACAAUGUUUUAUUCAAUCUGCAGGCCUACGGUGAUCAUGCAGACUGGACUGGCCGUUUUACUGAUUGUAUUCCUGUUGAUCUACCUCGCUUCCCGCUACAAUCCGCCGAAGGAUCCUUUGUUCUACGUGUUUGCGGAGUUCUGCUUCACCUGUGUCAUCGACAUCGUAAGCGCUUUGGAAUAUGACGGCUUUAUCUCUGGAUACAUGGACUUCUACCAAAAGCUGGGGGAGCCGUACCUUGGGUCAGCAUAUGCUAUCAUGAUGUGCUACUGGGAUGGAAUAGUGCACUUCAUCAUCUACCUAGUGUUGAUACGCCGCAUGUCCAGCAGGAAGCCUUACCGCAGUUUGGGCCUAUUUUGGGCUGGAUCGCUGUUGGCCAACAUGACUGUAUUUUUGAUGGGGAUAGUAGUUGGUAAAUAUGGCUCAGAGAUCUAUCCUGCCUUCUGGAUCAACAUGCCUUUCUUAUUGCUGCCUAUAUGGGGAGCCAUAUGCCUGUUCCAGAGACAGAGGGACAUGCCUGCUGUGGCUGUAUCUAAGGCGGUACGUGAACAGAAGAAAGCUCUGAUCUGGCGCCCUCUGGACCUCUUGCUUGUCAUCUAUCUUCUGGGUGCCAUGGGCUUCACGCUUUUCAGGGGACUGGCAGUCCUGGAUUGCCCAGUGGAAGCCUUUACAACAUACACAAAUCAGUAUGAGCCAUAUUUGAAGGAUCCCGCGGGCUUCCCCAAGGUUAUGAUGCUGCUGCUUCUCUUCCAUGCCCUGCCCCUGUUCGGCUUGUUUGUGUACGGACUGAUAACACCCGGCUGCACCUGGAUGCUGGACUGGACCGUCUACGUUGCUGGUGCUAUCUUACAGACCCAGUGGUGUCAUAUUGGAGCCACUCUGCACCCACGCACAGCUGAAGCAUACCGAGCUCCUGAGUCGACCCUCCUACCCGUGCUCCUCCUUAACCUGCUGUAUGCUGUGGGGCCGCUGCUGCUGGCCCUGCGCUGCACAGGGGAUCCUGCCUACUUUCUGUCAACUGCACCUGUGGGUCAGGCCAACAAUGAGAAGAAGUGGAGUUAAACUGACCGUAUCUCAAACAAGACACGACAAAGAUGAAUAUUACCCACAGUUCAAAAGAAAAUGUGCAUGGAAGAGCAAGAAAAAAGAAAUCAGAGUUAGGUUUUGCAUAUAUUAAAACAUUAUUUCUCUGAUCUUCUGAAUUGAAUAAUACAAUAUAAUGUAUUUUUAAUCGUACCACUAUCCAGAUUAGGUCAUCUCAGUGAAAAAAACUGAGCUUUGCAUUUUUAAGCAGUGUCAUACUUUUAAGUAUGCAGUUGCAUAAACCACACAGUCGGAUGUUGUUAACUCAUUUCAGAACAAGACAUUCUCCUCAGGUGUUCUAAUAGCACAGGUUCAGUGCAGAGUAGUACUCUCAAAUGCUCUGCUCUAAAAGCCAUUCAGACGGUUGAGUGUACAAGACUCGCCAUUUCUUCAAAGAAUAACUAAGAAUUUCAUGAAACGGAGAUUGUUAAACCACUUUUGUCCAGACAGGACCAUUAACUGAGCUCUGUUUAUUUAACCUGUGGCCUCUGAAACCAAUUUAUGAGGCAAUUUGUGUCGACUCAUCUCUGCUUGUUUCAGGGUUGUAGCCCAUUUCUGUCUACCACUGGUGGUUUUACAGAUGACCUAGUGAGCUGAAAUGAAAUAAAAGAAGCAAUUCUUAACUUUUACUUGCCUUGUUGUUUUUUUAACAAUAAUAACCAUAAUUAUCAGCAAAGCUCUCUUGAUGUCACCGUCACUGUACGCUUCACUUGGAGUUCUUAAAUUAGUUCAGUAAUUCUGUCCUACUCAGCAGGUUUUCGUGCUGAUGUGGGUAAAUGCAUUAUUUGCUUGCGCAUGCAAACAGUGGGACCCUCUGAAUUAGUUCUGCCUUUCCAAGGCACUUCCAGGCAUUGACGUGUGCCAGUAAGGAUUCUACACAAGCCUUCAGCUGCUGAG